AUGGAAAGUACCCAAAACGAAACAGUUCCAAGACAAGAUAAGGAUAAUAGUGUGGAUCCUCCUGCUAUCCAUAUAGAAUUAAAUAACAGGCAACUGAUGUGCUUUCAAGAGCUCAGAGAGUUAUGUCACAAUCUUAUACAGAUAGACGCCGAAUUGACUGGUGUUCAACUGAAAGGCUCAGAAGCAGCUGUAAUUAUGAAGAAUGCGAACAAUUCCUUGAGAAAAUCUGCGGAUUCGUCGACAAGUGAGCGUGUAUAG